CCAACAUUCUUGGCGCGUCCAGAAAGGCAAAAAUCCACUGACCAAAAAAUUAUAAUAAAAACUCCGAAAUUUCUGGUACGUUGUCUAGAAUCUUCUAGAAGCCAAUGGCUGAGACCACCAGCACCGUGAAAUCCAUUGGCACAGUUAAAUGGUUCAGUGCCCGAAGGGGUUUCGGUUUCAUAACUCCCGAUGACGGCGGCGACGAUCUUUUCGUCCAUCAAACUUCUAUUCUUUCCCAAGGCUUUCGCACCCUCUCUGAUGACCAGCCUGUUGAAUUCUCCCUCGAUUUAGGCGAAGAUGGUCGUGCUAAGGCCGUCGAUGUGACUCCUCUUCCCCGAUCUCGCCGGGGUGGUGGAAGAGGUAAAGGUGGUAGGGGCGGUUACAGGAGAGGCGGUUAUGGUGGUGAUGGUGCGUGUUAUAAUUGUGGGAAGAUGGGGCAUUUAGCGAGGGAUUGUUAUCAAGAUGAUGGUGGGAUCACGAGAUACAGUGGUGGCCGUGAAGAUGAUGUUGGAAGUAAAAGAUACGGCCGCGGCGGUGGUGGAAGUGGUCGGGGAGAAGGGCGACCUGGAGGACAAUGUUUUAUUUGUGGAGAAGAAGGUCAUCUUGCAAGGGAUUGCUCUGAAUAAAUUAUUCAAAAAAAAUGGAAGAUCCCUAUGGCUAGGAAUAUUGUGGUGUUGAUGCAAAUGGGGUUUAUCAGCAAAAGAAGGAGAAGUCGGAAAGUUCACUAUUUUCCGAUUAGAUUCCUCUGUUACUACUUGUUUGAGCGUCGUAAAAGAAAGUUUUAUUAUUCUGUAUGAAGUAUUGUUAUCAUUAUUAUCCUCUUAUUCUUAGCAGUUCUUGUUUUUGUUAAACAUUGAUUCAUAGUCUUUACAUUUGCAGUUUAAAUAUAAAGUCAAAAAAGAAAAAGAAAAAAGAAUUGUGUUCUUUGAA